GUGAGGAGGGGUCCACUCAGAUGGGGGCCCUUCGAAUGUGGCCUUUGCUUCACAACUGGAACAGCCCGGCCCCUCUCCCUGGCAGCACCUGCUGCUGAUCUGUCUGUGACGCCGUGACCGAGGCUCCUCACCCCAUGGGCCAUGGGCCCCGGGAGGGCAGCACAGUGUCUGCAGGACACAGGGCCCGGGGAGGUGCCUCGUCCUUGGCUGGAAGGCCGAGGCCUGCAGGAGCCUGGAGAAAGGGUCUCCCUGAUCUGGCCCUGCGCUGUGAGGCAGGGGAGGCAGGAGGGCUGUCGUCGGGAGCUGAGGAGGUUUCAGCCCUCAGCAGGGGCCUGCUGAGCCCUGGGCCUGGGCAGCCUCUGCCUCUGGAGGUGUAAAGGACGAAGGGAGAGGGAGGCGCAGGCUCAGGGGGGAGACGGGACCUGCCCAGCCCGGGCCCUCACUGGCUCCAGGGAGCCCGCGGGUGUUGACUGUGGGCAGUCCAGCCUCUCCCCGGCUGAGGCAUAUAAAGCCACCCGAGGCCCACUCCGCCGCUGCCCACCCGUGACCAUGAAGGCUGUGCUGCUCGCCGUGUUGGUCGCAGGCUUGGCCCUGAAGCCAGGCUCCGCCCUGCAGUGCUACACCUGCAGGGGCCAGGUGAGCAACGAGAACUGCCUGCAGGUGCACAACUGCACCGAGUCGGAGACGCACUGCUGGACGGAGCGCAUCCGCGCCGUAGGCCUCCUGACCGUCAUCAGCAAAGGCUGCAGCGCACACUGCGAGGACGACUCUCAGGACUACUAUGUGGGCAAGAAGAACAUCACGUGCUGUGACACCGACUUGUGCAAUGCCAGCGGGGCCUGUGCCCUGCAGCCAGCUGCCGCCACCCUGGCGCCGCUCACCGCACUCAGCCUGCUGCUCUGGGGUCUCAGCCAGCUAUAGGCUCCCGGAGGCCCUGCUGCGGCCCCCACUGGGUGUGGUGCCCCCGGCCCCUGUGCCACUUCUCACACACCUGGCCCAGUAGGAGCCUGUCCUGGUUCCUGAGGGCGCGUCCUAACACAGGCCUGGCCACGUCCCUCUGCUUCCCACCCCCGUCCCCCACCCUGACCCUCCCAUGGCUGUUUCCAGGACUCCCACCUGGCAUGCCGGCUCUAGCGACACAGAUCAGCCUGCAGAUGGCCCCUCCAAUCCGCACUGCUGCUGUCUCCAUGGCCCAGUGUUCCCCACCCUUAACCCUGUGCUCAGGCACCUCUUCCUCCAGGAAGCCUUCCCUGCCCACCCCAUCUAUGACCAGAGCCAGGUCUGGUCGUGACCCGGGCCCUCCAGCAUGGGGCAGGCCCUCAGGAGGGCUGGCAAAGGCUGAGAUGAAGUAGACGGAGCAGAGCUGGAGGACAGGGGUUGGUGUGGGGUCCUGGGAGUCUGCGGCGAUGGGGCCUGGUGGCCUGGAGGGAGGGGCCAGCCCUCACAUUCGUGGGGCUCCCUCAGUGGCAGCCCCAGCACAGCGUAGGCCCUUAAUAAACACCUGCUGAUAAGCCA